AUGGGAAGCUUGUUGGAUCCUUGUUUUGCGGCCAGUGAUGCUAUCAAGAAGAUUCAAGGAAUCUCGGGACCAAAAUACAGAAUCUUGCACGGAAACCUCCCCGAGAUAAAGAAGAAGACUGACGAAGCUAAGCUUGGGGUUCUUGAUCCCAACUCCAACGAUAUCUUCCCUCGUGUGUUUCCUCAUUAUCACCAAUGGAUGUCUCAAUACGAUCUAAUUAAAUAUUUCCAGGCCAUGACGAAACCGAUGGUGGAUUGCUCCUUGAGGAUGUUCGACGAUUGGAGAAAACAGAGGAAUGGUGAAGUGGUGAUAAAGAUGGAGAUGAGCAAAGAGUUCCAUAGAUUGACCGCGGAUGUUAUAGCGACCACUGCGUUUGGAAGCAGUUACGCCCAAGGCAUCGAAUUGUGUAGAUCACAGCAAGAGCUUGCGAAAUAUUAUAUUACUUCUCUCACUAAAGCUUUCAUUCCCGGAAUCCAAUAUAUUCCUACGCCUACCAAUCUUCAACUUUGGAAACUCGAUAGGAAAGUGAAGAACUCGAUCAAAAGAAUCAUAGAUACAAGGCUAAAAUCAAAAUCCAACAACUACGGAGACGAUCUUUUGGGAAUCAUGUUGAAAGCUGCAACAUCUGACAAGCCUGAGAGAAAGAUGAGUAUUGAUGAGAUAAUAGACGAAUGCAAGACUUUUUACCUCUCAGGGGAAGGAACUACUUCGAUUCUAUUGACAUGGACUACGAUGUUACUGAGCUUGCACCAAGACUGGCAAGACAAACUCAGAGAAGAGGUUUUCAAUGAGUGUGGUAAAGAUAAGAGACCAGACUCAGACACCUUAUCCAAACUCAAACUGAUGAACAUGGUGUUGAUGGAGUCGCUUCGUCUGUACGGACCCGUGAUUAAAAUGUUCCGAGAAGCAACACAAGAUAUGAAGCUAGGACACUUGGACAUCCCCAAGGGCACGAGCAUUAUCCUCCCGUUUCUGAAGAUGCACAGCGACAAGGCCAUAUGGGGAGAAGACGCCGAACAAUUCAACCCUCUGCGAUUUGAAAACGGCGUUUCCCAAGCCACCACACACUCAAACGCUCUCCUCGCGUUCUCUGUCGGACCAAGAGCUUGCAUUGCCCAAAACUUUGCCAUGAUCGAAGCCAAGACUGUGAUCGCUAUGAUCCUUCAACGGUUCCGGCUUAGCCUCUCACGCGAGUAUAAGCACGCGCCGGUUGAUCUCUUCAAUCUCUAUCCACAAUACGGCCUACCCGUAAUGCUUCAUCCUAUCGAUAGCAGUUCUCAACGGUGA